GGCAAAGCGAAAGGCUCAACUAGCAUGCAAACCAAACUCUGCCUUUAGUCCUGGCUCUGCAGCCGACGAGGGUGUUAGCAGAGAAUGUGUUAGUGAACACCGCCUGCCAGUUUAGACACAACGUAUUGGUGUAUCGUACACGAAAUCUGUAUAGAAGCUACUGUGUGGUAACCGAUUAAAUCAUGGAUAGUCGGAAACGUCCCAGAGAGGAUUUACCACGCAAUUCAACCGACCAUUUCAAAACCCCAGAGAAGCGGGUGUCAGUGGUUCCACGCCCGGAUAGGAGCUUCACGCAGUGGGAUGUAGAUUUCAGAAACUGGGAUAUUGAAACAACUUGUCGUUAUCUUCGUCGUGAAGGACUUGAAGAAUGGGAGAGCAAAUUUAAAGAACAACAGAUCACUGGGGUGGGUCUGCGCUACCUCACAGAGUCUCAGCUGGAGAAGAUUGGCAUUGGACCCUUGGGAAAACGCCUACAGAUACUCCACAGCCUGCAGAAACUAUGGCAGAUCACAAGUGUGCCUAUGAAGGUCUUCAACGACCCCAUCCACGGCCACAUUGAGAUGCACCCGCUCCUGGUGUGCAUUAUCGACACACCUCAGUUCCAGCGGCUCCGCUACAUCAAACAGCUGGGUGGGACCUACCUAGUGUUCCCUGGGGCGUCCCACAACCGUUUUGAACACUCUGUCGGGGUUGGCUAUCUGGCUGGCCGGCUGGUCCAAGCCCUGAACGAAAGACAACCGGAGCUGCUCAUAACCAAGCAGGAUAUCCUGUGUGUGCAAAUCGCAGGCCUGUGCCAUGACUUGGGACAUGGGCCUUUCUCACACAUGUACGAUGGAAUGUUCAUCCCCAAAGUUCGUCCUGAUUGCAAGUGGAAGCACGAGAUGGCCUCUGUAAAGAUGUUUGACCAUUUGGUGAAGGAGAAUGGUCUGGAGUCCGUGAUGCGGGAGCAUGGCCUGACCCUCCCCGAUGACCUGGUGUUCAUUAAGGAGCAGAUCGCUGGACCCCCGGAGAGCCCCGUGCUGACUCGCAAAGGCCAGGCCCCUGUAAGUCACCAUGGCAACCCCAUGGAUGCGCUUCCAGAAAUGGAGAGAUCAUGGCCCUACAAAGGCAGGCCUGAGGAGAAGUCCUUCCUGUAUGAGAUUGUGGCCAACAAAAGGAACGGCAUCGAUGUGGACAAGUGGGACUACUUUGCGAGGGACUGUUACCACCUUGGUAUCCAGAACAACUUUGACUAUCGGCGCUUCCUGAAGUUUGCCCGUGUGUGCGAGGUCAAGGGGACGAAGCACAUUUGCACAAGAGAAAAGGAAGUGGGGAACCUGUAUGACAUGUUCCACACACGGAACUGCCUCCAUCGCAGAGCCUACCAGCACAAGGUUGGCAACAUCGUUGAGACCAUGAUUACAGAGGCUCUGGUAAAGGCAGACCCCUACAUUCAGAUCCAGGGCUCAGGAGGGAAGAUGUUCACUCUCUCCACAGCCAUAGAUGACAUGGAUGCCUACACUAAACUCACAGACCACGUCUUUGAGCAGAUCCUCUAUUCGUCCUCUGAGGAGUUGGCAGGAGCCCGAGAGAUCCUUCAGAACAUCAUCUGCCGACGGCUGUACAAGUGUGUGGGUCAGACCCACCCCACCAAACACGUGGACGUGUCCCAGGGUAAGCUGCUGGAGUGGGCUAAAGAUGUGGCUAGGUCCAAACCCAGUGGCACAGAUGUGGAGUUCCAAGGAGAGGAUUUUGUUGUCAACGUCAUCCACAUGGACUACGGCAUGAAGGGCAAGAACCCGAUCAACAAUGUCCGGUUCUACUGCAAGAACGACCCCACCAAGGCCAUCAAAAUCCGCAAGAAUCAGGUGUCCCAACUGCUGCCGGAGAAGUUUGCGGAGCAGCUGAUCCGAGUGCACUGCAAGCGCACAGACGAGCGCAGCCUGGAGGCAGCCAAGAAGUACUUUGUGCAGUGGUGCAUGGACAUGAACUUCACCAAGCCUCAGGAUGGAGACGUGACUGCGCCAGAACUGACCCCUUUGAAAGCAAGCUGGGCCAGCACCGAUAACGAUGAUGAUGAUGACGACGACGAUGAUGAUGAUGAUGUCGAAGAAAUAGAUGAGGGCAGAAGUCAUCCAGCAAGCAAACACAGCACACCCCAAAAUGGAGGCAUGAAAGUGAAAACCCGGCUUGCAUUAUAGAGGAAGGUUGUCUUGUAGAGGAAGAGGUCAAGCAUCAUCAUUGCAGUGGUGUUCAGUUGGAAUGCUACUCAGUCUCACCACAAGGGGGCAGCAAAGUGCAUUUACCAGGGCAGAGAUGGGAAAGCCUCUACACGAGGAGAGAGAGGCUCCGGCCCUUCGACAGACCUCUCCGCUUACCCCCAAAACUGCUCUUGGCAUCUAGUAUUUAUAAAGAGUUAAGAGUGUGGAGCCCUUUAUUUUUCUAAAUCUUUUUUUUAUUUGUGUUUUAUAUGGUAGAUUUAGCACUCUUUAGUGUGUUCUAGAAACUUCUGAGGGGAUGUGUCAUAGUUGGAGGAAGAACUUGUUGAAUACAAACUCGCAAAGUACAUUUUACUCCUAUAACGUUGACUGGAAGUCUACCUCUGAAGUGUCAUUUUUAAUUUCCCCCAGUUAUGCCAGUAUCAGUUAUCAGAAAUAACAAAAAAAUGUUACAUUAUCUUGGUGCAUAUAUUCCUAAGACCAAAAGUUACUCUUGCAAUCAGUGCUUUGUUUUGGACUAUCAUAAGCAUAAGUUUCUGUACAUCGAAUGUAUAUUUAUUUUACCUCUAUAUCUGUGCUUUAAAGUUGUUAUACUUAGCAUAUUGGAAUAGGGGUGUUUACAUGUCUGGUUAAUUUAGCUCAGUUUAGUUUAAUACCACAUAUUUUCCUAGUCAUCCAUAUCAGUUUAUAGCCUGGUGUCAGAUGUGUGUGUGUGUGUGUGUGUGUUUUUACUCUUUAUUUUUAAGCUUUUGUUUUAUUUAGGAGUUGAUGUAUUGCAUGCUGCCUUCUGGUCUUCAGCAUUAUGGCAGCAUGAGGUAGGAGACAUAAACCGAUCCCUUUCGUCAUAGACAGUGCAGAUUAGCUUUGCAGAUUAAAUAACAGGAAAGGCAUUUAGUGUGCCAUUAUUUUGGGUGGUGUGGACAUGUAGAGUGUGUGUUUUUGUGGGUGUUCUCUGAGGAUUUAUUUUUUUGAGUUUUUUUUUUUUCUUUCUUCUGUUUUACGUGUGAAACUUUCCUGUCCUGGUCUUCAUAGUUCUCAUUUGUCUUUGUUUAUGACCACUGCCUGCCCCUCAAUUCUAGUGUGGGCUUUUGUACUCUGAACUUUGACCUGCGUUGCUAGCAGUACUCCACUUUCUAGUCAGGAAGUGAGUUGACAUCAAAGCUGCUGACCAUCAUGUUUUAGUUGCCAGUGAUAAUGCACUUAAAAAAAAAAAAUAGAUACAAAAAAAACAGCAGAAAAGAAAAAUAAAUAAUCAGGAUAUGUUAAGAUAUUUUUGAAAGAUGUUUGUAUCCAUGUGAUGUAUCCAUGCAUGUCUGACCUCAGUGACAGAAUAAAAAAACACCUUCCUCUAUCUAACCUUGAA